AUGCACAAGCCGGCCCUGCACCUCGUUCUUGCGACACUGUGCGCCUUCGCAUGCAAGGUAUCUAUCGCCCAGUGGACUCCUGCCUUCGCCACGUUCUACGGCGGCAGUGAUGGGUCAGGCACCAUGGGUGGCGCGUGUGGGUACGGCAACCUGUACAACGCCGGGUACGGGCUGAACAACGCGGCGCUGAGCUCGGCGCUGUUCAACGACGGCGCGUCGUGCGGCGCCUGCUACCUGAUCGCCUGCGACGCGGGCAAGAGCAGGUGGUGCAAGGCCGGCAGCAAGCCCAUCGCCGUGACGGCCACCAACCUGUGCCCGCCCAACUACGCCCUCCCCAGCGACAACGGCGGGUGGUGCAACCCGCCCCGGCAGCACUUCGACAUGUCGCAGCCCGCCUGGGAGACCAUCGCCGUCUACCAAGCCGGCAUCGUCCCCGUCAACUACGUGAGGGUUUCGUGCCAGAGGAGCGGGGGGAUGAGGUUCACGAUCAGCGGGAACGACUACUUCGAGCUGGUGACGGUGGCGAACGUCGGCGGCAGCGGCGUGGUGGCGCAGAUGUGGAUCAAGGGCUCCAACACGGACUGGAUGGCCAUGAGCAGGAACUGGGGCGCCAACUGGCAGAGCAACGCCUACCUCAACGGCCAGAUCCUCUCCUUCAAGGUGCAGACCGACGACGGCCGCGUCGUCACCGCGUGGGCCGUCGCGCCCUCCAACUGGUUCUUCGGUGCCACCUACACCUCUGCCAGCUGGGCGCAGUUCUGA